CAAACCCCUCCUCGUCAGUCGGCAUUCUGCAUAUAGAUUUUAGCUUACAAGAACUGGAAAACCCCUCCGUAUUAAACUUUUUAGACAUUUUAUAUAUUUAUAAAAAAAAAUCAGAAACAAAGAAAAUUAAAAGAAAAAGAAAAUAGAUCGUGCGAGUCCAAAUUUCCAAUUCUAAAAUUCUCUCUUUCUUCAUUUCUUCUUCGCCAUGGGAAACUUGUGGAACACUUCACUUUUUGACAUUCAAAGUUGUAUUUAGAAACUUGUAGACAUUCAGUCACAGCCUUAAUAGAUAUUUGAAUUGAAGAAUUGAUCAGUUGAAAGUUCGCGAAGAUGUUGGAAGAUCAGGUAGCGUACUUGUUGCAGAGGUAUUUGGGGAACUAUGUUAGAGGACUCAACAAAGAAGCUCUCAAAAUCAGCGUUUGGCAAGGUGACGUAGAGCUAGUAAAUAUGCAAUUAAAACCAGAGGCUCUCAAUGCAUUGAAGUUACCUGUAAAAGUCAAGGCCGGAUUUCUUGGAUCUGUGAGACUCAAGGUACCGUGGAGCAGGCUUGGCCAAGAUCCCGUUCAAGUUCACCUGGAUCGUAUUUUCUUAUUAGCUGAGCCAGCAACCCAAGUUGAAGGAUCUACCGAAGAUGCUGUCCAAGAAGCUAAGAAGAGUAGAAUACGAGACAUGGAAACAAAGCUUCUGGAGAGUAGACGAAUCCUACAGACAGAAAUGAAUAAGUCCUGGUUGGGGUCUUUGAUCAACACAGUAAUUGGGAAUUUGAAGCUUUCAAUUUCAAAUAUCCACAUCAGAUAUGAAGAUCUUGAGAGCAAUCCUGGCCACUCUUUUGCAGCUGGUAUGACCUUAGAGAAACUAUCAGCUAUGACGGUAGAUGAGAGCGGGAGUGAAACCUUUGUAACUGGAAAUGCAUUGGAUUUUAUACAGAAGUCCGUAGAACUUGAACGGCUAGCUGUUUAUUUCGAUUCUGAUAUCAGUCCGUGGCAUAUUGACAAACCUUGGGCAGAUUUGCUACCACCGGAGUGGGUCAAGAUUUUCAGAUAUGGAACGGAUAAUGGCAAACCAGCUGACGGUCACAUUAAAGAGCAUUCUUACAUUUUGCAACCAGUGACUGGGAAAGCUAAGUUCUCGAAACAGCGCCCUAAUCCUUCACUUGAUAAUACGGAACCUCUACAAAAGGCAGUUGUGGCUCUGGAUGAUGUGACUCUUUGUUUGUCAAAGAAUGGCUAUAGGGAUUUAUUAAAGUUGGCCGAGAACUUUGCUGCCUUCAAUCAACGGUUGAAAUAUGCUCAUCUUCGUCCCCAUGUCCCAGUGAGAUCUGAUCCAAAAUCUUGGUGGAAGUAUGCUUCUCAAGCUUUAUCUGAUCAGAUAAAGAAGGCCAGUGGAAAGUUGUCAUGGGAGCAGGUCCUGCGAUAUACGAGGUUGCGGAAGAGAUAUAUCUCUUUGUAUGCUUCAUUGCUGAAAUCUGAUCCUGAUCGGAUAGUAAUAGAUGAUAAUAAAGAUUUAGAAGAACUGGAUCACACGCUUGAUGCUGAAAUCAUUCUUCAAUGGAGGAUGAUGGCGCACAAGUUUGUGCAGCAGUCAGUAGAGUCAGAUUCCUACCUAAAAAAGCAAAAGUCAAAGAAAUCUUGGUGGUCUUUUGGCUGGACCAGCCAAUCAGUUGAAGAUGGAAGUGAGCAAGCAGGGUUUACUGAGGAAGACUGGGAGAGAUUAAAUAAUAUAAUUGGGUAUAAAGAAGGUGAAGAGGAACCGCUGUUGGCAACUCAUGACAGGAGGGAUGUGCCACAUACCACCUUGGAGGUUCACAUGAAGCACAAUGCCUCAAAGCUUAGUGAUACUCACAACUGCCUUGCUGAUUUGUCAUGUGAUAACCUUGAUUGUUAUAUAAAGCUUUAUUCAGAAGCAAAGGUUUUUGACGUAAAACUAGGAUCAUAUCAAUUAUGGUCUCCAAAUGGCCUUCUCGCUGAGAGCGCUACUGUCAGUGAUUCCUUGGUUGCUGCAUUCUGCUACAAGCCUUUCGAUUCCAACCUUGACUGGAGUUUAGCGGCUAAAGCUUCUCCCUGCUAUGUGACUUAUUUGAAGGAUUCCAUUGACCAAAUUAUCAACUUUUUUGAAAGUAAUGCUGCUGUAAGUCAGACCAUAGCUCUGGAAACAGCUGCUGCAGUACAGAUGACAAUUGAUGAAGUCAAACGAACUGCACAGCAACAAGUAAACAGAGCUCUGAAGGAUCAGUCCAGGUUCUUUCUGGAUUUGAAUAUUGCGGCUCCAAAAAUUACCAUUCCUACAGAUUUCUCUCCAGAUAACACUCUCUCAACUAAGCUGCUUCUUGACUUGGGAAAUUUGGUGAUUUCUACAAAGGAUGAUUCUGAAUUUGUCACACCUGAGGAGAUGAAUAUGUACGUUCAGUUUGAUAUGGUCCUCAGUGAUGUUUCUGCUUUCCUGGUUGAUGGUGAUUACUGUUGGAGUCAAACCCCUACAAAUGGAGUUGGUCCAUCUAGGUCUAACUUUGUUGCUUGGUUGCCUGUUAUUGACAAGUGUGCGGUGGUUCUAAAGCUUCAACAGAUUCGGCUAGAGAAUCCUGCCUUUCCUUCGACGAGACUCGCAGUGCGUCUUCCUUCUUUAGGGUUCCAUUUUUCUCCUGCUCGGUAUCAUCGGUUGAUGCAAGUUGCAAAGAUAUUUGAAGGAGAGGAAAGAAAUGAUUCGGAUGUUUAUCGUCCUUGGACUCAAUCUGAUUUUGAAGGGUGGUUGUGUCUUCUUACCUGGAAGGGUGUUGGUGGUAGGGAGGCUGUAUGGCAGCGGAGAUACCUAUGUAUAGUUGGAACCUUUCUUUAUAUACUGGAAAAUCCUGGCUCUAGAUCCUACAAGCAGUAUACCAGUUUACGAGGAAAGCAACUAUAUCAAGUUCCUCCAAAUGAUGUUGGCGACGAACAACAUGUGUUGGCUGUCUAUAGUGCUGAAAGAGCCACCAAUGUUGUGGAAGAUGCAAAUGCUCUAAUAUUACGUUGUGACUCUGAAGAAUUAAAGAAGACAUGGCAGAGCCACUUGCUGGGGGCCAUCUAUCGUGCAUCGGGAUCAGCUCCAAUUACUGGUUUAUCUGAAUCAUCAUCCGAGUCUGAAGACUAUGAAGCUGAUCAUGCAGACAAUCAAGAUUUAAUGGAUCUGUCAAAAAUGGAGAGUCUGUAUUUGACUGGUAUUCUUGAUGAGUUAAAGAUGUGCUUCAAUUAUAGUGAUGAGCAUGAUCAAAGUUUUACUAAGGCACUUCUAGCUGAGGAGAGAGGCCUAUUUGAAUUUCGAGCAACGGGUGGUCGGGUUGAGCUUUCAAUUAGAGGCAAUGAUAUUUUUAUAGGGACUCUCCUGAAAGCUCUGGAGGUAGAAGAUUUGGUGUGCCAGACAGGGAUAUCUGGCUCUUGUUAUCUAGCACGAUCCUUCAUCAGAAAUGUUGGUGCACCCCCCCUUUUAAACGAUGUCGAAAGCCAGAGCAAUGAAUUUGGUCAAUAUGAUGGAGAAGAGAAUUUUUAUGAGGCAUCUGAAAAUUUAAAUGACCUAGCUGAUAGUCCGUAUUCAUCUGGAAAUAUUUUGUCAUCAGAAAAGACCAUGUCAAAGGCUCCUAGUUUUAAUCGUUUUGCUGGUCUUCUGCCUAUCGAUGUUCAUGAUAAUGGAACUAAUUCUUUAAAACUGACUGAUACAUUAGAUAGUUUCGUGAAGGCUCAAGUGGUUAUUUAUGACCAGAAGUCACCUCGCUAUAGUAGCAUUGAUACAAAGGUAGCCGUCACACUUGCUACCUUGUCUUUUUUCUGUCGUAGGCCAACAAUACUGGCAGUAAUGGAAUUUGUAAAUGCCAUUAAUGUGGGGGAGGAAAGCUGUGAAUCUUUCAGUGACACUUCUUCAUCAGCCAUUACACAACAUGAUAGUUCCAAGGAAAAUGUGGUUGAUUCGCAGUUGUUUGAGACAGCUGAUGUGCCUGCAGUGAAAGGUUUGCUUGGAAAGGGGAAGUCUAGAAUUAUUUUCGGUCUGACACUGAACAUGGCUCGUGCCCAGAUCUUGCUGAUGAAAGAGGAUGGAUCUAAGCUCGCUACCUUGUCCCAGGAUAAUUUUCUUACUGAUAUCAAGGUGUUUCCAUCUUCUUUUACUAUAAAGGCAUCUCUUGGAAAUCUGAGAAUUAGUGACGACAGCCUCCCUAGCAGCCACCUUUAUUUCUGGGCAUGUGAUAUGAGGAAUCCUGGUGGUAGUUCUUUCGUAGAGCUAGAAUUUUGUUCAUUCAAUGUUGAUGAUGAAGACUACAUGGGUUAUGAUUACAGCAUUAUAGGCCAGCUGUCUGAAGUGCGGAUUGUUUAUUUGAAUCGCUUUAUCCAAGAGAUUGUCAGUUACUUCAUGGGUCUUGUUCCAAACAGUUCUAAUGAUGUUGUCAGAAUAAACGAUCAAGUUACAAACUCGGAGAAGUGGUUUACAAGAAGUGAGGUUGAAGGAUCGCCUGCUUUAAAGCUGGAUCUUUCUCUAAGAAAGCCCAUAAUUUUAAUGCCUCGAAGGACUGAUAGCCUUGAUUAUUUGAAGCUCGAUGUUGUUCACAUCACUGUCCAAAACAGGUUUCAGUGGUUUUCUGGUAGCAAAAGUGAAAUGAAUGCUGUACACAUGGAAAUAUUAACAAUCUCUGUCAAGGACAUCAAUUUGAAUGUGGGUGCUGGCUCAGAAUUGGGUGAAAGUAUAGUCCAAGAUGUCAAUGGAGUUUCAAUUGUUAUACAGCGAUCGCUGAGGGACCUAUUGCAUCAAAUCCCUAGUAUCGAAGUUGCUAUCAAGGUUGAAGAAUUAAAAGCUGCUCUAUCAAGCAGGGAGUAUGAGAUAAUUGCAGAAUGUGCGCAAGAAAAUCUUUCAGAGACUCCUAAUGUUGUGCCUCCUCUAAUAGAUGACGCCUCAUCAUCUUCAGCUGUCAAGACACAAAAUUUGUCAGUGAGAAAUUCUGAUGUUGUUAAAUCUGAGGCUGAAUAUAAAGAUAAGUGGAUUGUAGCCAAGGUCUCUAUUGCUAUUGAUCUGUUUGAGCUUGUUCUUCACUAUGGAUUGACAAGGGAUGCAUCGCUUGCCACGAUGCAGGUAAGUGGUCUGUGGCUUCUCUACAAAUCCAAUACAGCAGGAGAAGGGUUUCUGUCUUCGACACUCGAAGAUUUCACUGUGAUGGAUAAUCGUGAAGGUAUAGAGCAGGAACUCAGGUUGGCAAUUCGGAAGCCUGAAACAAUUGGGUACAAUCCUUCACAGUCGGUGACUGAUGCUGGUGAAUAUGCUGGCAUGGCCUUCAAUACAAGUAGUGACAAGGACAUGAAACUCGUACCUGCAAUGGUUAUUCUUGAUGCAAGAUUCUAUGAAAAUUUGACAUCUUUUUCUCUCUUCAUUCAAAGGCCACAACUGCUAGUUGCACUUGAUUUUCUGCUUGCUGUUGUUGAGUUCUUUGUACCAAAUGUUCGAAGUAUGCUGGCAAACGAUGACCCUGGAAGUUCUGCUCAUGCUGUAGAUGCUGUUAUUCUUAAUGACUCAGUUUAUAAUCAGCCUUCUGCUGAACUCUCACUUUCUCCUCAGAGACCUUUGGUUGUCGAUGAUGAAAGUUAUGACCUUUUCACAUAUGAUGGCAGAGGGGGAACUUUGUUUUUGCAAGAUAGGAGAGGACAAAAUCUCUCUUGUCCGAGUGAAGAGGCUGUAAUUUAUGUUGGAAGUGGAAAGAAGUUGCAAUUUAAGAAUGUCAAGAUCAAGAAUGGAAAAUAUUUGGAUUCAUGCGUUUUACUUGGAUCCAAUAGCAGCUAUUCUGCUUCAGAGGAUGAUGGAGUCUUCUUUGAUGAAGCUUCAUGUGAAGGACCAUCAGAAGAUGAUUCUGGAGUGACCGUAGAUGCUGUGCCAUCUCAGAAUACUAAUGUCAGCAGAUCUGCAGAGUUUAUAUUUGAGCUAAAGGCUAUUGGUCCAGAGCUUACCUUCUAUAAUACAUCAAGAAGUGUGGGAGAGUCAGCUGCCCUUUCGAACAAAUUAUUGCACACGCAGUUGGACGCCUUCUGCAGGAUUGUUCUAAAAGGAGAUACCUUUGAUGUGAAUGCAAAUGUUCUUGGAUUAACUAUGGAGAGCAAUGGAGUUAGAAUAGUGGAACCUUUUGAUACCUCUGUGAAGUUCUCUAAUGCUUCCGGAAAGUCAAAUAUACAGUUGGCUGUCUCCGAUAUUUUUAUGAACUUUUCAUUCAGCAUCUUAAGACUGUUUUUGGAAGUUGAGGAUGAUAUUUUGGCAUUUUUGAGGACCACAUCAAAGAAAAUGACGGUGGUGUGCUCCGAGUUUGACAAAAUUGGGACAAUCAAAAGUCCGUCUAACCAGAUAUAUGCUUUCUGGAGAGCUCGUGCUCCGCCUGGUUAUGCGACAGUUGGUGACUAUCUGACACCAACCGACAAGCCACCCACAAAAGGAAUCAUUGCUGUGAAUACCAGCUUUGUCAGAGUAAAGAGGCCAGAGUCUUUCAUGCUUAUUUGGCCCUCAUCCUCAUACAAGGAUGGUGAAUUGGGUACAACCACGUGUGUAUCUGAAGAAGAUAGCAGCUGUUCCAUUUGGUUCCCUAAAGCACCUAAAGGUUAUGUUGCAGUGGGCUGUGUAGUCUCUCCUGGAAGGAUGCAACCUCCAAUAUCGUCAGCCUGGUGCAUCUUAGCUUCUUUAGUUUCACCAUGUGAUCUGAGAGAUUGUGUUAAUAUUGACAUUAUGAGUAGAUCUUCCAAAUUGGCAUUCUGGCGCGUGGAUAAUUCCAUUGGUACCUUCCUGCCUUCAGAUCCAACUACUUUGGAGUUGUGUGGCAGAGCAUAUGAUCUUCGGCAUAUUUUCUUUGGGCUUCCCAGAGAUUUCUCUGAAACAUCAAAGAGCUCAGAAACCGCGGCUUCCUCUAGUCGUAAUCAUGCAGUUCAAUCAGAGAGGUCAUCCACUGUAAACUCUGGUGGCAGGUCUGAAGCCAUUGCAACAUUUAGGUUAAUUUGGUGGAAUCAAGGUUCUGGAUCUAGAAAGAAAUUAUCUAUAUGGCGCCCUAUUAUUCCUCAAGGGAAGGUAUAUUUUGGUGAUAUUGCAGUUCAAGGGUAUGAGCCUCCAAAUACUUGUAUCGUACUUCAUGAUUGUGAUGAGCUUUACAAAGCCCCUUCAGAUUUUAAGCUUGUGGGACAGAUGAAGAAACAUAGAUCAGUUGAUAGUAUAUCUUUUUGGAUGCCUCAGCCUCCUCCAGGCUUUGUGUCCUUGGGUUGUAUAGCUUGUAAAGGUGCACCAAAGCAAUCUGAUUUUGACUCCUUAAGAUGCAUCCGCAGUGAUAUUGUUGUCAGUGAUCAAUUUUCGGAACAAAGCAUUUGGGAUACAUCUGAUGCUAAAUUUAUGAAGGAGCCAUUUAGUUUAUGGGUUAUUGGAGAUGAGUUAGGAACCUUUAUUGUUCGCAGUGGUUUCAAGAAGCCUCCGAAGAGGCUUGCUUUAAAGCUUGCUGAUCGAGAUAUGGCUAGUGGUCCAGAUGAUAUGGUGGUUGACGCAGAAAUCAGAACAUUCUCUGCAGCCCUCUUUGAUGAUUAUGGUGGCUUGAUGGUUCCUCUAUGUAAUGUGUCUUUCAGUGGCAUAACUUUCAAUCUACAUCAAAGGUCUGACUAUCUGAAUUCCAGUGCGACCUUCUCCUUGGCCGCUAGAUCAUACAAUGAUAAGUAUGACUCUUGGGAACCUCUUUUGGAGCCAGUUGAUGGAUUAUUGAGGUAUCAGUACGACGUGAAUGCUCCUGGUGCAGCUUCGCAGCUUCGUCUUGCAUCUACUGGGGAUUUGAACUUAAAUAUAUCUGUGUGUAAUGCCAACACAAUUUUUCAGGCUUAUGCCAGCUGGAAUAAUCUGAGCAAUGUCAAGGAAUCCUACCAGGAUGCAGUCUCACCAAUUGGAGGAAGCAGGUCCAUCAUUGAUGUUCAUCACAGAAGAAAUUAUUUCAUUAUCCCACAGAAUAAACUUGGUCAGGACAUUUUCAUAAGAGCUACGGAAAUCAGGGGACUACCAAGCAUAACUAAAAUGCCGUCUGGAGAUAGCAAACCAAUUAAAGUACCUGUUGCAAAGAAUAUGUUGGAUUCACACUUGAACGGAAGUCUUUUUGAAAAAGGCAAAUCAAUGUUGACAAUAAUAAUAGCAGAGGCAGAGUUCCAACAGGUUGAAGGCUUGUCUUCUCAUGAGUAUGCAGUAGAAGUCCGUCUUGCUCCAGAUGAGAGUCACCCUUGUCAAUCUCUGUCCACUCAACAAAGUGCACGUACUCGUGGCAAUAACUCAUAUGGUUCUAUAUCUUCUGAUGUAAUCUCAGUGAAAUGGAAUGAAGUAUUUUUCUUCAAAGUUGAUUCACCGGAUUUUUGCAUUCUGGAGCUUGUCCUGAUGGAUAUGGGAAGAGGUGAUAUUGUUGGUUAUUCAUCAGCUCCUCUAAACCAUAUAUCUAGACCCCAGGAGAAUCCAGUGUCUUACAAUAGUUCACUUGAACUCAACUGGCUAGCAUUGUCUUCUUCGCGGUCUAUGAUGAUGACUAGUGAAGGAAAAGAAAUAAAUUCAUCAGGACGAAUAAAAUUGGCUGUUUACUUGUCUCCUCAACUUGAAGUUGAAAAGAGUGGGAAGUCCUUUAACACUCGGAAAAAAUCUGGGUUUAUCCAGAUUAGUCCUACCAGGGAGGGACCUUGGACUGCUGUGAGGCUGAAUUAUGCUGCACCUGCUGCUUGUUGGCGACUGGGAAAUACUGUUGUUGCCAGUGAAGUGAGCAUAGCUGAUGGAAAUCGAUAUGUCAAUAUUAGAUCUCUAGUUUCAGUUCGUAACUACACCGAAUUUACGCUGGAUUUACAGCUCAUCCUCGGUGCUUUAAAUGAGAAAAGAAGACCAGAUGAUGAUGAGAGAAAAAAGGUUUAUGGUGAUGAAAUAGUGACAGAUGAGUUCUUUGAGACCCAGAAAUAUAAUCGUGAUAUUGGGUGGUUUGACGUUAAUGAGGGGAGAAAUGAAGUUGAGGUUCCAUCAGGCUGGGAAUGGGUUGAUGAAUGGCAUGUAGAUAAUAAUUCUGUGAACACUGCUGAUGGAUUGGUUUAUGCUCCAGAUUUCAAUAGUUUGAAAUGGCCAGAGUCGUCCAAUCCACUAAAAUCUGUAAACUAUGCAAGACAGAGGCGGUGGCUUAGGAAUAGGAAAGGCAAGCCGAGAGAUCCCCAGGCUCAUAUUUAUGUUGGGCCUGUAAGGCCUGGUGAAGUUGUUCCCUUGCCUUUAUCUGUCCUGACCCAUUCUGGACUUUACGCACUGCAAGUGAGGCCUUCAAACCUGGAAAAAACUGGAGAAUAUUCGUGGAGUUCUGUAAUGGACAUGUCUGGAAACACUCAGGAUCUUGGGAUGCCAGCAGAAAACUCUGGAAUAUCUGUGUCCAUUCUCAGUGAGUCUGAGAAACUCCUAUACUGCCCUGUAGUUAGUGGAACCUCAUCCAAUAGUAACCGCGGCAUGUGGUUCUGCUUGAGCAUACAAGCAACAGAGAUUGCAAAGGACAUGCACUCUGAUCCUAUUCAAGAUUGGACCCUCGUGAUCAGGCCACCACUUGCGAUUACCAAUUUUCUUCCUCUUGCUGCUGAAUAUUCUGUUCUUGAGAUGCAAGCCGAUGGCCAUUUUUCUCACUUUGCGAUAGAGGNUCAACUCAGUUGAUUCUAGUGUCUCUUGGAAUGCAUUAAAAUGAUGUUAACUUCUUAACAUUCUUUACAGGAGGCUAUACUCAUAUCCCAUCCUAAGAAGGCACCUUCAAAGACAAUAAAUCUAAGAAGCUCAAUUUCUGGAAGGAUUGUUCAAGUAAUUGCUGAACAUGUGCAUACCCAUGAAAGGCCUCUGCAAGCAAAGAUCACCAAGGUCUAUGCUCCUUUUUGGCUUUCAGUUGGACGAUGUCCACCUAUUACUUUCAGGCUUAUCGAUUUGAGUGGGCGGACAACAAAGAAGAUUGCUUUCCCUUUGCUAUCUAAAAGGAAUAAUGAACUUGUCCUGGAGGAGAUCUCUGAGGAGGAAAUAUAUGAAGGAAAUACAAUUGCGUCUGUUUUAAACUUCAAGUUACUAGGCCUUUCAGCAUCAAUUAACCUGUCUAGUGAGGAGAGUUUUGGUCCUGUUAAAGAUCUUUCUCCGUUGGGUGACAUGGAUGGCUCGCUGGAUUUCUGCGCCUACAGCGCUGAUGGAAAUUGCAUGCGGCUUUUUGUAUCAUCAAAACCUUGCCCUUAUCAAACUGUUCCAACAAAGGUUAUUACUGUUCGACCAUUUGUUACGUUUACCAAUAGACUUGGUCAAGACAUAUUUUUGAAAUUGAGCAGCGAAGAUGAGCCAAAGAUUUUGCGUGCAUCUGAUGCCAGAGUCUCAUUUAUAUAUCGCGACACGGGUGGACCUGAUGAACUCCAGGUCCGACUGGAUGAUACAAAUUGGUCAUUUCCUAUUCAAAUUGUUAAGGAGGACACAGUUCCUCUUGUCUUGAGGAGAAAUGAUGGCACGCGAAGAUUUUUGAAGAUGGAAAUUCGUGGCUUUGAGGAAGGAUCGCGUUUCAUAGUUGUUUUUCGCCUUGGAUCAACAAGGGGUCCAAUUAGGAUUGUGAACAGGACGAGGAGGAUGGUCAUUAGACUUCGUCAAUAUGGAUUUGGCAAUGAUGCAUGGAUCCAGUUACUGCCUCUUUCAACCACAAACUUUUCAUGCGAGAAUCCCUAUGGCCAAAAACUUAUUGAUGCUGAGAUUUAUAGUGGCGAUAGCUCUAUGGUCUGGAAAUUUGAUUUGGAGAAGUCAGGGUUCUGUUCUGAAUGUGAUGGAUCAGGCUUGCUUUUCCAUGUUAUAGAUAUGGCUGAUGUCAGGGUUGCUAGGUUUAUUGACGAGGGAGCAGCAUUAUUAAUUUCAAAAGAAGGGAACAUGUCUCGUGCAGAGGUUGGAAAUCUUGGCAGUUCUCACAUACAGAACCAGAUGCAGGAGAAUGGAUCUCCUUUAGAAAUUACAGUUGAGUUGGGUGCUAUUGGGGUUUCUUUUGUGGACCAUAGACCCAGAGAACUAUCCUAUUUGUAUCUGGACAGAGUCUUCAUAUCCUAUUCUACAGGAUAUGAUGGUGGAACCACAAGCAGGUUUAAGCUUAUAUUGGGGUACCUGCAGCUUGACAAUCAACUGCCUCUCACAUUGAUGCCUGUACUGCUGGCACCUGAACAAAACAUUGAUGUGCAUCAUCCAGUCUUCAAGAUGACCUUUACAGUGCGCAAUGAGAACAUUGAUGGUGUCCAGGUAUACCCUUAUGUUUAUGUAAGGGUAACAGAUAAAUGCUGGAGGCUUAACAUUCAUGAGCCAAUAAUUUGGGCUUUUGUAGAUUUCUACAACAAUCUUCAACUAGAUCGCCUACCAAACAGUUCUAGUGUCAGCCAGGUUGAUCCUGAAAUACGUGUAGACUUGAUUGAUAUAUCUGAACUAAGGCUGAAGGUUUCAUUGGAGAGUGCACCUGCUCAGCGACCAGAUGGGGUUCUAGGCGUUUGGGGCCCAGUGCUGUCGGCUGUUGGAAAUGCCUUUAAAAUACAGAUCCAUUUAAGGAAAGUGAUCCGCAGAGAUAGAUUUAUGAGAAAAAGCUCUGUCAUUUCUGCAGUGGGAAAUCGUAUUUGGAGAGAUUUAAUUCAUAACCCUCUGUUCUUAAUAUUUUCAGUGGAUGUAUUGGGUAUGACAAGUUCAACUUUAGCCUCUCUCAGCAAAGGCUUUGCUCAACUAUCAACAGAUGGACUGUUUUUCCAGCUGCGAUCAAAGCAGGUAUGGUCAAGAAGAAUAACGGGAGUUGGUGAGGGGAUCAGGCAAGGGACUGAAGCCCUAGCACAAGGUGUUGCAUUUGGAGUUUCUGGGGUUGUGACAAGGCCUGUGGAGAGUGCUAGACAAGAUGGCCUUCUUGGCUUUGCCCAUGGGCUUGGACGAGCUGUUGUGGGAUUUGUUGCUCAACCAGUGAUUGGAGCAUUGGACUUCUUUUCAUUGACUGUCGAUGGGAUUGGUGCAAGUUGUUCUCGUUGCAUAGAAAUUCUUAGUAACAAGACUACCUUCCACAGGAUAAGAAAUCCCCGUGCUAUUCAUGCAGACAAUAUACUUAGAGAUUACAGCGAGCGAGAAGCACUAGGUCAAGUGAUACUACACCUUGCUGAAGAAAGCCGACAUUUUGGUUGCACUGAACUAUUUAAAGAGCCUUCUAAAUUUGCCUUGUCUGAUUAUUAUGAAAAUCACUUUAUGGUUCCCUAUCAGCGGAUUGUUUUAGUGACUAAUAAACGUGUAAUGCUCCUCCAGUGUGUGUCUGCUGAUAAGAUGGACAAGAAGCCCUGUAAAAUCAUGUGGGAUGUACCUUGGGAAGAACUCAUGGCACUUGAAUUAGCAAAAGCUGGCUACCCUAGACCUUCUCACUUGAUCAUCCAUAUCAAAAAAUUCCGAAGGUCUCAGAAGUUUGUCCGUGUAAUAAAGUGCUACACUGAAGAAGAAACUGAGGUGCCUCAAGCUGUAAGAAUCUGUUCGGUUGUGCGUAAAAUAUGGAAAGCACACCAAACUGACGUGGCAUGUCUGCAGCUAAAGGUUCCUUCAAGCCAGAGGCAUGUAUCCUUUGCUUCAAAUGAUAAUGAUGGAAGAGAUUCGUUUAGCCAGAAAAAGGCCAUAAUUGAAUCAAGGGAGCUGGCUUCCUGGGGUGCUGUCUCUGAUAGAAGAAAAUUUGUUCAACAUGCUAUCACAUUUUCCAAGGUAUGGAGCAAUGGACGAGAGUUGAAAGGUCGUUGUACAUUGUGCCAGAAGAAUGUUUCAGAAGAUGGUGGAAUCUUUAGUAUUUGGCGCCCUUCCUGUUUACUCGAUGGGUACAUCUCAAUUGGGGAUAUUACUAGUGUUGGUUGUCAUCCUCCUAAUAUUUCAGCUGUAUACCGAUAUUCUGACAAGUUGUUUGCCCUCCCAGUCGGUUAUGACCUGGUGUGGAGGAACUGCUCGGAUGACUACACCAAUCCCAUAUCAAUUUGGCAUCCUCAUGCUCCUGAGGGCUUUGUAUCUCCGGGAUGUGUAGCUGUACCUGAUUUUGCUGAGCCGGAACCAAAUGCUGCAUACUGUGUCGCAGAAACAUUGGCCGAGGAGACAGUAUUUGAAGAACAAAAGAUCUGGGCAGCGCCGGAUUCAUAUCCCUGGGCAUGUCAUAUCUACCAGGUGCGCAGUGAUGCACUUCAUUUUGUUGCUCUCAGGCAGCCAAGAGAAGAAUCGGAUUGGAAGCCAAUGAGAGUUAUCGAUGACCCACAGCUUCACAUUGAGCUGUAGAAAGUUCGAUUAUAUUCCAGGUACUAACCCAAUAAACAAAGCAGCUUUCUUGAUUUUGCUUUCCCUUUUGGAGAAACGCUGGUUUGUGGCACUGCUUCCAUCAUAAUUGUAUCCAUCUUAAUUGAAAAGUUGUCUUGAGUAGUUUGUAAAGUCAGAACUGUGUAUUCAUGUACAUAAUUGUACCCUUGGGAUCACAAUGAUAUGUUACGGAUCUUCCCUUAGAGGCUGCUUUCCUCAAUUUUGGAAUGAUCAUUUCGAGCAUUCAAAAGCUCCUUAAAA